UGGAGCUCUUAUGCAGGCCCCUCGGCUGCACCAUCGCCCCGUCGUCUUUAUUUGACGACGUGGAGCUCUUAUGCAGGCCCCUCGGCCGCACCAUCGCCCCGUCGUCUUUAUUUGACGACGUGGAGCUCUUAUGCAGGCCCCUCGGCCGCACCAUCGCCCCGUCGUCUUUAUUUGAUGACGUGGAGCUCUUAUGCAGGCCCCUCGGCCGCACCAUCGCCCCGUCGUCUUUAUUUGACGACGUGGAGCUCUUAUGCAGGCCCCUCGGCCGCACCAUCGCCCCGUCGUCUUUAUUUGACGAUGUGGAGCUCUUAUGCAGGCCCCUCGGCCGCACCAUCGCCCCGCCGUCUUUAUUUGACGACGUGGAGCUCUUAUGCAGGCCUCUGAGCCAUACCAUUGCCCCGUCGUCUUUAUGUGACGACGUGGAGCUCUUAUGCAGGCCCCUCCGCUGCACCAUCGCCCCGUCGUCUUUAUUUGACGACGUGGAGCUCUUAUGCAGGCCCCUCGGCCGCACCAUCGCCCCGUCAUCUUUAUUUGACGACGUGGAGCUCUUAUGCAGGCCCCUCGGCCGCACCAUCGCCUCGUCGUCUUUAUUUGACAACGUGGAGCUCUCGUACAGGCCUCUCGGCCCAUCGGCCUUACGUUCUGGUCAUCUUUAUUUGAUGAACCAGACAUCAUAUUGUGGACGGUCGCUCGACCCAUCCCUUAGUCAUCUUUAUUUGAUGACUAGGACUACUGAUCAUGAUGAGCUACCCACAUCUAGAGAUCGGCCUCGACCAUCCAGCAGACGGGCACCGCUACAGCUCCAUCUCCAGGCCGAAG